AUGUCCAACCGAGGCUUUACCCCGCGUGCCAUUAUUCCACCAGCGGCACCUUCAAGCAGAGAUAAGAGACCUGCAGGAGCACCAUAUGGAAAGAAUUUAAACAACGCAAAGGCGACGGUGCCUGCACAGCAGCGGGUUCAGGGUUUAAAACAGAACCAACCGGCAAAUAGUCAUCCCCUUCCAUGCGAGUCUUGCAGGGAACUUAUGAAGUGCACACAAGACGCCCGACAGGCGUUAGAAAAAGUUUUACAAAAUGCUCGAAUGAUAUUUCUGGAUGACACGCUGCACCAUCAAAUGGAUGAUGAGCGUUGGUUGCGGGUUCUACGAGCACUUGGUGGAAAUAAGAGGGAAUACUUUACGAGAAUUCCUUCAAAUUGCUUAACUGCUACGGAUGCAACUCUUUGA